CCAGGGGUCCCGUGCCCCCGUUUCCCAUGCAGGAAGCUUCUAGGAGGAGCAAUACCUGCCGAGCCCUGUCUGUCCGUCGCUGGCACGGCCAGGGGAUCCAGCACGGAGUGGGGAAGAGGCGGCAUUCAAGCCGAAGAGGCAUCUCUGCGGGGCGGCAAUCCCCAAAUGAUGGCUGAGCCACAAUUCUUGGGGAAAUCCUCCCCUGAGAUGCCGGGCUGAGCCUCAGGGUGCUCUGCUGGCACCCUGUCACCCCUCUGCCACCCGUCUGGCUUUGCAUCGCCAUCGCGGUGCGGUCUGUGGGUCAGCAGUGCCCCAGAUCCCCUCUGCGGCCGGCAGGAGCUGGGAACCCACCGAAGGAUGCGGCUCAGGAGCACCCGGAGCCCCGUGGUGUCAGCCACCCCAGGACAGUGGCAGCGUGGGGGGCUCUUGGCCCCGGGGGACAUGCAGAGGUGGGGAACCGGCUGAGCAACCUGUGCCGGCAGGGACGGGGCACGUGCCGUGCCUGGGGGUGCCGGACACCAUUACCGGUGCAGCGGGGAUCAGCGGCUGCCUGAACCCUGCCUGGGGCUGAGCCCUGCCUGGGGCUGAGCACUGCUGACCGCAGCAGGCACGGAAAGUGCUCGGAGCGGUUACGGCACAAUGUGCCGGUGAGGGGGGUCACCCACUCCUGGGGGCGAGAGGCUCUUGUGCCCGGCUGUCCUCCAUCCCACCCCGCGUGUGGUGUCAGCUUUUCGUGCUGUAACUCCAGCUGUUUCCUUAACAAGGACCAUUGCUUUUAUUUAGCGUGAAUUCCCCAGGCUAAUUCUGUUGCACAGAAUAAGCACUAUUUUGUGCUGUUGUUUUUAAAAGAGCUGCCUUUCUGUUGCACUAUGAGCCGGGCAAUUGGCAGGGAGUUUUGCUGUCGGUGGCUCUAGGAGAAAGCGUUAGACAUUGCGAAGGGCAGCGUUCCUCCUGCCCAUCCCCUGAGCUGUGUUUUGGGGUGGUUUGCAAGAUGCUGAAACACAAAAUAGGUAGUUUGCAGCAUGAGCUCUGGACCUGGUGUAAGUUGGACCGUCAGACCCUGGCCCGUACCAGCAUCCCCAAGGAACGAGAGCGGCCACAGAGGUGCUGUGCUGAGCAGGGUCCUGCCGGUGCCCGCGGCACGGGGACAAGCCGGCACUCCCCAAAUCGCCCUAACCUCGCCCCAGCGUCCGUGCGCUGGCGGUGGCUGUUAAAAUCUCUGUGUAAUUGCAAGCCCGGGCUGCACUAUGGAGCUGGGACUGCGUGUCCCAGCAGGGUAAUGGUGCGGAGAUGAACUUUUUGGCCGCGGGGAUCAGCAUUUGCAGUCUGUGUGGCUGGGCUCGGCGCCCGUUUCUGAUGCCAGGUUAUUGCUGCUCAGGGUCUCUCCGGGGCCUGUGCUGCAGACACGUCCUCUCUUCUGGGGCACAAGCUGUUUUUGUCAGCUCUGUAAGGAUCAACCCACAAGCAAAGGAUUCUACCACAUUUAAUCUGUGUCCUGCAAGACGUUCCCCAAGUUCAUCAUUCUGCAAAGACGAAAAUAAGGUGGAGGAAAUCUGUUCCCUGCGCUGGCUCUCAGCUGGACAUCUCAGCCGGCACGUGAGACCUGGCUUUCUCUCAUCAACCCUUUGCAUGACUUGGGAUUUGCAGACCCAGAGUCACUGGCAGUGGCACGUUGUCCUCCAGCCCCCCCAAAUUUCCUCUCCUGCUGCCGAGGCUCCCGAUAUUCAUUUUUGGGGGUUUGUCCCUGUGCAGAGCGGGAGCUGCCUUUCCCACGCAGGGCUGGCCAUGCGCAGCUCUGCUGGCCCCGUCCCCGAUGCUUCUGACAUGGAGGGACGAGCCUGCCUGCCCUCUGCCCUGGCUUGGGUUGCUUUAUACCCCCAUGUUUUUAUGGGAUUUCUUCUUUUCUGCUUGCCCUUGCAGCUUUGCUCUGACUCCUGCCACAAGCCCCAUCUAUUAGAUGGAUUUUAGAUUUUAGUGACCUUCUCUUGGUUACUCCCCUGUGUUUCCUGGCCCUCGUGGCUGCCAUCAUCUUCCUUGCUGGAGAGCAUGCAGCACGCUCAGGGACACAGUUAUUCAUCUUUUAAUGCUUUUCAUUUCCUCUCAGUAUGUUUUUCCCAAUGCCUAAUCAAUGAGCAGCCGCAGCAGCGAGACGGAGCCCCCAGAAGUGCCAGGCGUUGCGGGGAGGUGGGGUCCGGGCUGACAUGGGUCCCACCGGAGAGCAGGGGCAGCCCCUCUGCGGGAUUGGACCCCUCUGCAAAUCACUGGAAAAGCGGAGGUCUUCACUGCUUCUCCCUUUCUUGCAUUUCAAAUGUGAUAAGAUAAUCUUGGAUUUUCUGACGCUUUCAUGGCAAGGCUCUCUUUGCACUAGAGCUGCUCAUCCUGCUCCAUGCCGUAGUGGUAAUUCUGAGUGCAGACAAGUAAUUCCCUCUGCCUUUAGAGGCAAAGUAGCCACGUACCAGGUGAAAAAGUGUGUUUUCAGCUUUGGUGCUAAGUCUGCCCAACCUGCCUGUCCUUGGCAGCCUGUUGGCACGGUGAGGCUUUUGGGGAGACUGAAAUGGCCUGUUGAUUCUGUGGGAAUAAAGACACUGACAAUUUAUUACCAGUGAUUAAAUUCAAGCCUGCUGGUUCAAGCCGCCCUGGGGCAGCUUGGUGAGGCAGAGCCGAUACCCGGCUGGGAGAGGAUGCGCAGCCCAUCAUGUCUGUGAGACGGGGACCUGGGGAGGGUGCAGGAUAGUGGUCCCCCCUCCACGGGAUUUCGGUGCCCACUGGCAGACCUCGGCCAGGCUCCCUGUGGCAGCAGCUCGGGGCUGCUCUGAGUUUCUCACCCCCUAAACCUGCCGGGUGCACCGCGAGAGGCAUCGAGCCUCGGCGUGGGUGCCAGGCGAGUCUGCAGCAGUGGGAGGAGGAGGAGGAGGAACUGAGCUCACCAGGCGUGAGGCCGAAUCCAGGCUUCCCCACAGAGCCGUUCCCGGCUGCGGGUGCUGGGGCAGGAGCCUGGGGUGCAGCGUGGGGUGCUGGCAGGAGCGGUACCAGCCCGCGUGCUGGACACAGGCGUGCCAUCUGCGGUGCUGGCACUUGCCUGGUGCUGCAUGUUAAUGGAGCGGAGAGGGAGCCCUGAGCAGAGCGGUUUGGCGUGCGGUUCCCCGGCGCCCAGGACCCGCGGCACUGCAGCGAUGUCUCUGCCGGGGAGCAGACGCUCGUCCACGGGAUCGCGCAGUCGCGGGGUUUAUGGACGGAGUGGCUUUGCCUCCUUCUUUAAGUCUUCAGCGCCCUCAGCCACUCGGCCUGAGACACAGCCUCUUCUCCCUGCCUCCAGGCGCCCCUCGCCCCCCGGGAGGGACACCUACGGCACCUCCUCGCUGAGCAGCAGCAGCAAUUCUGGCUCCUGCAAGGGCAGCGACAGCAGCCCCACCCCAAGGCGCUCGGCCAAGUACAACCUCUGCAGCGACAACCAUGGGAUAAAGCCGCCGACGCCAGAACAGUACCUGACGCCCCUGCAGCAGAAGGAGGUCUGCAUCAGGCACCUGAAAGCUCGCCUGAAGGACACGCAGGAGCGGCUGCAGGACAGGGACGCCGAGAUCGAGGACCUGAAGACGCAGCUGUCGCGGAUGCAGGAGGACUGGAUCGAGGAGGAGUGCCAUCGCGUGGAGGCCCAGCUGGCGCUGAAGGAAGCCCGCAAGGAGAUCAAGCAGCUGAAGCAGGUCAUCGACACGGUGAAGAACAACCUGCUGGAGAAGGACAAGGGGCUCCAGAAGUAUUUCGUGGACAUCAACAUCCAGAACAAGAAGCUGGAGACGCUGCUGCAUAGCAUGGAGGUGGCGCAGAACGGGGCGCUGAAGGAGGAGGGGGCCGGCGAGUCGGCCGGGGGGUCCCCGGCCCGAUCCCUCACCCGCAGCUCCACCUACACCAAGCUGAGCGACCAGGGGGCCGGGGACCGCAACGUGGGGGGCUCGCAGACCAUCUCGCUGGACGAGGGGGCCGACAGCGGCUUCGCGGGGGCGGAGGAUGCUCCCGGCCACACGGACCCGCUGGAGGUGGGGGGCGAGCCCGGCGGCCGCCUGCCCCCCAGUUCCACCUACGAGAAGCUGCUGGGGCUGCGGGGCGGCGUGGAGGCCGGGGUGCAGGCCAGCUGCAUGCAGGAGCGGGCCAUCCAGACGGACUUCGUGCCCUGCCAGCCCGACCUGGACACCAUCCUGGAGAAGGUGAUGAAGUCCCAGGCUUGCAGCUUAGGCAGCCCCACCUCAGCCUGGGUCUCCGAAAUGGAAGACGUGAUGCCCGGCCCCGAGCUCUCCAACCCCGCCGGGACCACGGACCUGCCGGCGACCGAGCCCGCCGCCGCCGCCGCGGCGGGUGCCGGGGCCGAGGGGGGUACCCCCUGCAACCCGGCGGUGCGGCAGCCCCCCGGCGCCAGCCCCUCCGUGGCCAUCGCCUGCUCGACGGAGGAGGAGACGACGGAGGUGACCGGCUGCGAGGCCGCCCCUUCCAAGAGCUACUGGAGCCGCCAUUUCAUCGUGGAUCUGCUGGCGGUGGUGGUGCCGGCGGUGCCCACGGUGGCCUGGCUGUGCCGCUCGCAGCGCCGGCAGGGCCAGCCCAUCUACAACAUCAGCUCGCUGCUGCGGGGCUGCUGCACCGUGGCCCUCCACUCCAUCCGCAGGAUGGGCUGUCGCCCAGUCGCCAGCCCCGGGGGCGGCGCCCAGCCCUGACCCCCCCCGCCCCGCACCCCGACACCCCCCGCCCGCCCCCACGGACCCGACCGCUGAUUGUAAAGCCCCCCCGCCAUGUCCCCGCUCUCCUGGGGUCCUUCGUUGGAUCUGGCUCGUUAUGCAGCCCUGGGGGGGGGGUGGGAAAGGGCUGGGGGGGGGGGUCUGUGGGUGCAUCGGGGUGUGCUGCCCCCCCCCCCCCCCCCAGCUCCUUUGUCCUGGAGGAGGGAAAGGACCGUUGCUGGAAGAGAGGUGCCAAGCGGCGAUGUGGGAUGUGGCACCGAGCAUCGUGCUGCAGCCCCCUGCCCGAUGGACGCCGCGGUGCCUCCAGCUGCAGGGGGGGGCUACGGGGCUGCACCCCACCGGGUGGGCUCUCCCUUCAUUGCACUCGCUUUCCAGUUGUCCUUGCUCUGUCCCGCAGCCAGCCCUGCCACGGAUGGGCAAUGGCAAGGAGCCGCACAACAGCAGAGAGAGCCGGGGGGGGGGGGGCCACAGCGGAGACACCCCCCCCCCCCCCCCCAGGUGCAUUUCAUGCUGCGGGUACGGGUUGCACCGCAACAGCAAAGUCUGGCUGCGGGCAGGAGGAUGGCAGGAACCCGCCUGGACACAGGGACCAGUUCUGGACUGGUUCGGGAGGCAGUGGGAGCCCGUGGGGCACCUUCGCCCCGGCCUGCUGACCCGCUUCGGUGUCCGUCCUCCUCCCUCCGGCGGGACGGUGCCCCGGCCGGGCUCUCUUCAAGCCGCCCAUUGCUUGGGAGAUGCCUCUCCGCACUGGGAUGGAACCGGACCGCGGCUCCGGCGCUGCCGAGCGAGGCCGAGCAGCCCCGGGGGAAGCUUCGGUCCCUCCCUCCCUUUGCUUUGCACUAUAUUCACUUUUUUUUUUUUUAGUACAGACUGAAGCCCGGUUGUUGGGGGGACCAAGGUGGCGGUGAGCUGAGUUGGGGGAAACCCCCAGCCCUGGCUCUGGCCGCCACAGAGCGGAACCGGGGGCUCUUGUGGUUUUGGCAGAGGUGAUGCUGGCGAUGCCAGUGAUCCCAUCCUGUGCCGGACCUUGGGGAUGCCUUUGCUGGGAGGCACCGAGGGGGUGCAGGCAGGGCUGUGCAGGCAGAGCCGAGCAUCUUUGCCUGCCCUGGCACCCCAGCCGAAUCCCUGCUUUGCUGGUGGCCUCCGGAAAAGAAGAAGAAGAAAAAAAAAAAAACAAAAAGCCUUUUUUUUUUUUUUGAAAAGCAAAGACAGCAAGGAUUGCUCAGCGGGGGCUGGCGAGACGCGAGACUUGGGGCUCCCCCGGGCGCGCGGCGCUCCCACCCCCACGAAUGUCUGUGGCUUCUUCGUGACUUGAAUUAACCGUGUUUCCCCAUCCCACCCCGCUCCACCACCCAUGGGUGCCACCGGCCGGGUGCCCUGGGAGCCAGCGAUGCUCCACAUGCCGGCAUCCACCGGUCCCCGUAGGGGCUCACACCGCGUCCCACACGCCCCGCGCUUCCCCAAAUCCCCCAUCCGGCGGCUGGGACGCGGGGCACCAGCUCUGCCCGCGCUGGGGGCGGCGGAGGCGGCGGCAGCCGCUGGCACAGCACGGGGUGCCGGGUGAAGUAUUGGGGGAGAAACGGUGGCAAGACAGCCGGGGCGGCCGAUGUAAGCGGAGCUAGGAUAUACGCCUCUUGUGCAAUGUAUUUGUGGAUCUGUGUACACGUCUGUUAGACUAUCCAAAGCUUUGCCAAGAAAUAAAUGUAACGAUUAUAUUUGAAAGACAAAUCUAUACAAUAUAUUUUUUAAAUACAGAACUGAAAAAGCUGUAACCCCCCUUUUCUUGUUUCCCCUGUCCUGUACUCGCUGUCUGUGGUGGAUGUAAUAAACGUCGCUGGGUCUGUG